AUGUAUAUUCGUGUGAAGCGCAUGAAAGCCACUUACUUUAUCAAAUGUGAUCCGACAAAGACUGUUUUGGAUGUUAAGCAAAAGUUGUUUACCGUCAUUGAGCAACCAGAUAGUAACCAGCGUCUUGUCUUAAUGUCUACUGAAGAAGUGUCACAGGAUUCCAAAAUUUCUUAA